AUGGAAGAAACUUCAACUGACAAAAGUAAAGAUCAACACCAACCUCAGGAGCAAUCACAAUCCCAGACACAUCAACAGCAACAUCAUGAGCCGCAACAUAACUCUCCCUCUUACAACAAUGCUGUUAAAGAAGCAGAAGCUCAUGCACUGAGGGAUCAUAAUGUUGGAAGAGAAGUAACUAAAACUUCAGUCGAAUCUGAAGAUUUAAUGUCAUCUCAGUUUAUAAAUAUUCAAAGAGUUCCCGAUGUAGUGACAACCAAAAAUUUCUUAUCCAAUUCGACAUUAUUAUCAGGGAAUGAGCUUUUAGUUGAUAUUAAUGGCGAUUUAAUAUCUAGCGGCUCUAUAGCAUUAGAAAGAUUUAUUCCGCAUCAGUAUGAGGAUGAUUUACUUCACGAUGAUUUAACUGAAGAUGAUAAAAGAUUAGCAGCAGCUUUGGUUGCAGUACAAUUAGUGACACAACAAAAACAACAAUCUGGUGAAGAAACAACUUUACCCCCUUUGCCUCCGCUUAAAAAAGUUUUGAGUAAAAAUCGUUACUUACGUCCUCACUACAAUCAAUUAAACACAUCUGAAAUAGAUCAGCAGACACAAUUAGCCAGUUUAGGACUUCACACUGAAGGAGAACAUAUAGAAAUAUCAACUGAAGAAAUAGAAAUUGGGCCAAACGAAGUAAUAAAAACUGAACUGAAUGAUUUUAUCAUCGAAGAAGAUGCUAACAUUAAAACGGAGGCAUGUGAUGAGAGUGAACAAUUGAGUGAUGAUGAACAGGAUAGUGAUGAAGGAUUGCAUGAUUCUGAUUUUGAAAAUGAUAGAGAAAAAUCGAAAAAUAAUUUGCCUCACAAGAAAAGAAUAUCGAGAAAACUUAAAAAUACUCAGAAAAAUGCAAAUGCUAGAACUUUAAGCCACGAUGAGCAAAACAUACAGUUGGUGAAAAUUAACAGUUACAAGUGUAACAAGUGUUCUGAAUUUUUUCCAAAUGCGAAUGCAUUCGCAAUUCACAAAGCGACACAUAAUAUAAAAAAACCAUCUGGAGUUAAUCAAUCUUCGUCAUUUUCAUGUGAGCUUUGUUUUAAAACUUUUACUAACCAAUGGAAAUUUUUUGAACAUUUAAAAUCACAUUAUGAGCCAUUAGAAUUAGAUACAAAUUCUCCUAAACGAACUUUGCCUUCAGGAACUAAACAAAAUUCAAACAUAAAUGAAGUUAUUGUAAAAAAAGAAUUGAAAAACAGCGGGAUAAAAGUAAGAACUUUACAAAAUACAACUUCAUUAUCACCAAAUGCUAAAAUCGGUUCUGUAAAAGCCAAAUCACCGGUUACCAUUAAUCAAACGACAACUCUACAGACUGUUGCCAAAUGGCCAUCUCCUUCCCCGUCUUCGGCAUCCUCGUCACCCUCUCCGGCAGCUACACAACCACAAACCCAAGAAAUAAAUACAUCUUCAUCCACUGCAUCAAUAUUGUAUCAACAUUUAACGCAAAAUCAAACGGAACAAAUAUUAUGGAAUUGCGAACCUUGUAAAAGAAUAUUUCGCAGACAAGAAACGUACGAAAGUCAUUUGAGCGUGGCACAUCCCAAACAAGAAGAAAUAGAAGAAUUCAGCGAGCCCGAAGACAUGAUGGAAGGGAUAAGUGUUGAAGUUCACAGUGACGACGAUAAGGAAACAACAGAAAAAGAUAACACGAUUCAAAAAGAAUGGUACAGAGAAGAAGAUUUACACGCGGCCGAAGCUGAUUUACAAGAAAUGGAAGAAAGGACGAAAACGGUUUAUGUCGAUGCUCACAUGUGCGAAAUGUGUAACGAAGCCUAUCAUUCGAAAGCAGCUCUCAAUCAACAUAUAUCUCAACAGCACGCAGAACUAAUGACCGCCAUAACUAAAACCGUUAGGAGGCAACCCGACAACACGGCAAAAAAGGGUAAUUUGCACUGUAAGGAAUGCGGAAGGUAUUUCAAUCAUAGAAAUUCUCUCGUUUAUCAUUUGAAAAGUCAUCUCGGAGAAAGGCCUCAUCAGUGUGAAGUUUGCGGAAAAGGUUUUUUCGCAACGAAUGCUUUGAAGGUACACAUGAGGCAGCAUUCAGGCGUGAAACCGUUUAAAUGUGAAUUUUGCGGUAGGAAUUUCAGACAGUGGGGAGAUUUAAAAUAUCAUUGUAUUUCGAUACAUUCUGAUCAGAAAAAUUUCCAAUGCGAAUAUUGCGGUAAAGAUUUUGCGAGAAAAUAUUCAUUGACGGUUCAUUCGCGAAUACACACGGGAGAAAGGAAUUACAAAUGUGAAUUUUGCGAAAAAAGUUUCAGAGCUUCGUCGUACCUUCAGAAUCACAGGAGGAUACACACGGGUGAAAAACCUCAUCCCUGCGAUGUUUGCGGGAAACCGUUCAGGGUUAGAUCAGACAUGAAAAGGCACAUGAUAACUCACAGUAAAGAACCGUAUUCGACGUUUGUCAUGAAAAUCAAAAGAGAACCGCAAACGCCAUCGAAUAACGACGAUAACAAAUUAAUAGUUCAGCAGGUCGACGAACCCAUUCCCGAAAUAUCUAAAGUUGAAGAGCUGGAAGUGAGCACGGUCGAAAGUAUAUUGCCGGACGAAGCCGUGACUGCAUCCAGUAGACUUCAAGAAGAAUUAUCAGUUACUUAUGCCGAGAGAGAUCCAUUAGAGACUGCCGGAAGAGAAGCCAACACUUUAUACGUUUGGCCCGUGUACACGACGUAG